AUGACCAAGCACAGCAAGAACAAUACCGCCUCUUCCAUCUUCUCCUAUGCUGAGUACAAGAAAUUGCCGUAUGGUACCAAGCGCCAAAGGUUGGGAAACGAGUCUAUGAGGCGCUUUGAUGCCUGCUCUUUGUGCCUGCAGCGCGCGAGGGACCCUGUAGCUUGCCAGGAGGGCCACCUGUUCUGUAAGGAGUGUGCCUACAAUGACCUCCUUACGCAGAAGAAGGAUAUCAAGAAACAGAAGGAGCGUCUGGAGGCCAUGAAACGUGAUGCCGAAGAGGAGAAGGCUCGUGCGAAGGCGGCCGCUCGUGAGCGCGUACUCGCUGAGUUCGAGCGCAGUCAUAUCGGGCUGGCGGCGACAUCUACUGUCUCUACCUCGGCCAAGGAUACCAACGAACAGAGGGGCACGAAGCGCAAGUUCGCGUUCGACUCCAGUGCAGCCGAGAAGAGCGCGCUGGAGGCGGAGGAGGCUGCGGCGCGUCAGAUCGAGCGGGAACAGGCUGAAGCUCUCAAAGCGAAGCUACCGGACUUCUGGCUACCCUCACUAACGCCCACGUACUCCACGACUGGCCCACCGACGUCUCUACAAGAUGUCAAAGUUCAGACAACAUGUCGGGGAGGCAACCCAGCUCAUCACCUUGCACUGAAGAACUUGAUACCUGUCAAGUUCGACUUGCUACCGGCAGAAUCCAAACGCGAGGAGGACGCCAGAGCGAUAUGCCUCUCCUGCAAGAAAGAGCUAUCGAACAACAUGCGCUUAUUCCUUAUGAAGCCAUGCUCUCACGUCGCUUGCAAGACUUGCACCGAUACGCUCGUGAAGCAGUCCAAGCAGUGCACAGUGUGUGAUAAAGAACUCGCCGACAAGGACAUUGUCGAGAUGAAACGAGAAGGUACCGGCUUCGCGGGUGGCGGUUUAGCAGAAACAUCCAAGUCUGGGAUUGCUUUUCAGGGCUAA